CUAAACACACAGCUGCAGGGUUGUAGCAACGUUUGCAAAAAACACGCACGUUCUGUGUCAAAUCAAUACGAAAUCAACAAAAAUCGAUCGAUUUUUGCAAUAGCAGUGAGACAGUGCGCGCCACUAAUUAGUAUAUAUUUGCCAGAAAAGAAUAUAAGUGUACAGCAUACGCAUUGCUUACGCUUGACGCACAUAUAAAUUGCUGUGGAAAAUUUUGAGAUUUCUGUCGUCGGCGACAGAAAAAAUUUGCGCGUCGCAAGAGUCUCGCGUGCGUCUGUGUCUGUCUCCCUUUGUGUGCGUAUGCGUGUGAGUGAGUGAGCGAGUGAAUGUGUGUGUGUGUGCGUGCGUGAGCUUGCCUACUAGUAUAUGUGUGUUUAAUUUGCGUCCGCGUGCAUCUUACAGCCUACAUUGUCAAUUAUACCGAAAAGCAUUGUGAUUAUCCACCCGAUUCCUAAUCCCAUACUCAGUGGCCAGCCGCACAGAUCACACCAAAAUGUCCACCACCAGCAGCAGCGGCCGCAUCGCAGCCGAUCAGAAUAAUAAGUGCGUCAACAGCGUCGCAGCGGCGCUUUGCCCUCUCAGCAAUUGCCAGUUUUCAGGCGUUGUUAUAAGCGCCAUUACCGACGAGCAGAAGCUCGAAUUUAGCAACAAAUAUAACAGUAGUUGUACAUUAAGCUGUAGCUACGACUCCCAAGGCGUCCUGCUGCGCAUUAUGUUGGACAACGAUCAAGGGCAUGUGCUGAAGGAGUAUAUGAUAUCGGCGGAUACGGAUGCUGCUCAAUUAGGACGGCGGUGCUAUGCUAUUUCUUUGGAAUCGGAUAAUCUGGUACUACGAUUUGUUAGCGAUAAGGAUCAGCAGCUCUUCCGUAAGGUUGUGGAGAAUGUGAAGCAUCUGAGGCCGAAGUCCGUGUUCUCACAGCGCACCGAAGAAUCAUCUGCAUCGCAGUACUUCCAAUUCUAUGGCUACCUAAGCCAGCAGCAAAACAUGAUGCAGGACUACGUUAGGACUAGCACCUAUCAGCGCGCCAUCUUAGGCAAUGCCAUUGACUUUCAAGAUAAGGUUGUGCUGGAUGUAGGUGCCGGUUCGGGCAUAUUGUCUUUCUUUGCCGUACAAGCCGGUGCUGCCAAGGUGUAUGCGAUUGAGGCUUCCAAUAUGGCGCAAUACGCACAGCAGUUGGUCGAGUCGAACAAUGUGCAGCACAAGAUCUCAGUGAUACCCGGCAAAAUUGAGGAAAUUGAGCUGCCCGAAAAGGUGGAUGUUAUCAUAUCUGAGCCCAUGGGCUAUAUGCUCUACAACGAACGCAUGCUGGAGACAUAUCUGCAUGCGCGUAAGUGGCUAAAGCCCCAUGGCAAAAUGUAUCCCACGCAUGGCGAUCUGCACAUUGCGCCCUUCUCAGAUGAGUCGCUCUACUCGGAGCAGUAUAACAAGGCCAACUUCUGGUAUCAAUCGGCCUUUCACGGCGUCGAUCUAACAACCCUGCAUAAAGAGGGCAUGAAAGAGUACUUCCGUCAACCGAUCGUGGACACAUUUGACAUACGUAUUUGCAUGGCCAAGUCGGUUCGCCAUGUAUGCGACUUCCUCAACGACAAGGAGGAUGAUUUACAUGUCAUUGACAUUCCACUCGAGUUCCACAUAUUGCAAACGGGCAUAUGCCAUGGACUAGCAUUUUGGUUUGAUGUGGAGUUCAGUGGUAGCAGCCAGAAUGUCUGGCUUUCCACUUCGCCAACAGCGCCACUGACUCACUGGUAUCAGGUGCGCUGCCUGCUGCCCAUGCCAAUUUUCAUCAAGCAAGGCCAGACGUUGACGGGUCGAGUGCUGCUGGAAGCUAAUCGGCGGCAGUCGUAUGAUGUGACUAUUGAUCUGCAUAUUGAAGGCACCUUGAUAUCAUCGAGCAAUACAUUGGAUCUAAAGAAUCCGUAUUUUCGGUACACGGGGGCGCCGGUUCAGGCUCCGCCGGGGACUAAUACGCAGAGCCCAUCGGAACAGUAUUGGACUCAGAUGGAUACGCAGGGUAACCGAAAUUCUAAUAGCAUGCUAAACGGCACUCUGUCGGUCAAUGGAAUGGGCGAUGGUAGCAUGGACAUUACCCAUGGACUUCUGCAUCCUCACUAGAAAUGGAAGGGAAAUGAAGUUUGUUCAAGGUGACAAAUACUACAACUUGCUGGCAAAAUCUACAUGGCUAAGAACUGGAUUGGUACUGAGUUAGGACAAUUAUCAAUGAAUGUUUUUGUUUACGAAUCUUUUGUUAUUUAAUUCUGUCGAAAGUUUGCCUAUUUUUUGCUUUCUUCUUUUUUUUAUGUAAUUUUUACUUUUAUUUAUUUUGAAUGAGAUUAAUUGUGAAUUGUAUUUUUGUAUGCUCCGAAAGUUAAGUUAAGUACUCGGAAAUUGUUCACGCCUAGGCAUAUGUUGUGGAUAUUUUUAUUUUAUUUUUAUUUUCUUAAAGCUGUUAAGCUUGUAUAUCAAAAGAUAAACGAUAAUAAUAAUAAGCAUAAUGAGAAUCGAAGAGAAAUUUGAAUAUCGCAGAGAUACACAAUCAAGGCAGACUAACUAAUGUAUGUAUGUAGUUGUUUAGAACAGCAGCAUAUAAUCGAUAAGAAUAAUUUUAGCCACCCAUAGCAUUUAGAGUUUUUAACGUAUGUAUGUUAUGUAAUACAAGUAUCAUAUAUUUAUAUAUAUACACACACUAUAAUAAUCAACGUAGAUCAACUACUGCUUCAGGAAAGUUUCUUAGUUCAUGCCAAUUGCAGUUUGCAGAUUUCAAAUAAAGUAACAAAUAUGGAAAGGGAGGAGAAAGCUUUGAACAAAACACGAACUCAAUAAAUCAACCUGUAUCUAUGUAUGUUAUAUUAAAUUAUGUUAAGUAUAUAUCAUUGUACUGUAUAUCAAUUAUUUCAUGUACCUCAACAAAAAUGAAAAGCCUAGUUUCAAUAUGUAAAAAGUAAAUUCGACGUUUAUGCUUAGUUUUCUUUUAAAUAGUCUAACGAAUCGCUCAUAGAUCAUAGCCAUUAAGUUACACUUAUAUAUAUGUAUUUGUGAAUUAAUCGCGAUUAGAGAUUAUAACUUUCACUUUGA